AUGUCCCACAAGCAGUCACGUGUCAUCAGUAGUCGUAGUAGCAGCAGAAACAGAUCAAGCAGUCACUCCUCACGCAGCAGCAGUAGAAAUCAUAGCAAAAGCUACAAAAACAAAAAAAGAAACCACAGUAGUAGUGGUAGUAGCAGCAGUAGCAGCAGUAGGAGCAGUAGCAGAUCUGUUGAAGUUAAUAGAUCUUCCAGUGUUCCAAAUGAUAAGGAAGGGCAUCUUGUGUGUGUCCCUGGAGAUGUGCUGGAAUCAAGAUAUAUGGUCCAAAGCAUAUUGGGGGAAGGAACGUUUGGUCGUGUGGUGCAGUGUGUUGACUUUAUGAGGAACAAUAGCACAGUAGCCAUGAAGAUAAUAAGGAACGUUAAGAAAUACAGGGAGGCAGCCAAGCUUGAAAUCAACGUUCUCAAUAAGAUAAACGAGCAAGAUCCAUAUGGAGAACAUAGCUGUGUUAAGAUGCUUAAUUGGUUUGACUAUCAUGGACACGUCUGUAUAACCUUCAACAAAUUUGGGGACAGUGUCUUUGAUUUUCUGAAGAAGAACGAGUUUCAGCCGUUUUGUGUCGAUCAAGUUAGACACAUUUCAUAUCAGCUUUGCAAAUCCGUUCUGUUCUUGCAUGAAAACCGACUCACCCAUACCGAUUUGAAGCCGGAGAAUAUACUAUUUCAUAAUUCGACCUCUGAUGUCAUAUUCGACAGGAUGAUGAACAAAUCAAUAAAUGUAGUUCGUUCGUCAGAUAUUGAACUCAUCGACUUCGGGUCGGCCACAUUUGAUUACGAGCACCACAGCUCCAUUGUUUCCACCAGGCACUAUAGAGCACCUGAAGUAUUAUUAGAGAUAGGUUGGUCACACCCAUGUGAUGUAUGGAGCAUUGCGUGUAUUAUAUUUGAACUGUACACUGGAAAUACGUUAUUUCAGACACACGACAACUUGGAGCACAUGGCAAUGAUGGAGAGAAUUCUCGGUCCGAUACCUUACCAUAUGAUCAAAAAGUCUAAAAAAACGAAAUAUUUUCAUCGCGGCAAGCUUGAUUGGAAUGAUAACACAUCGUCUGGUAAAUAUGUAAAAGAACACUGCAAAGUACUUAAAAGUUACAUGCGAGAACACAGUUUAGAUCACGAAGAGCUGUUUGACCUGCUGCUGCUGAUGUUCAAUUACGACGACAGAUAUCGCAUUGACCUCAGGUCAGCUCUAAGACAUCCAUUCUUCAGAAUGUUCAACUCCAGCCAUGCCAACAAUAACAAUUAUUAUUAUGAUAAUAAUACUAACAAUGGCUACGGAGCUGCUGGUGGUGGUGGUGAUGAUUACGACUGGGAUGCUUAUUAUAGUUUGAGUAGAUGA